AUGCCCAACGAAUUGAUAACAUUACAGUUUGGACAAUGUGGUAAUCAAAUAGGUAGUGCGUUUUGGCACGCUUUAUGUGCUGAACAUGCCAUAGCUCCAGAUGGCACUCUAGCUCAUGACGACAAAGGCGUCCGUGAUUUGAAAAGAGUGUUCUUCUCUCAGGCAGACGAUUCGCAUUAUGUUCCUCGCGCUGUCCUGGUUGACUUAGAGCCCAGAGUAAUAAGUGGCAUCUUGAAUUCUGAUUAUAACAGACUUUACAAUGUCGAAAAUAUAUUUCACUCAAAAGACGGUGGCGGUGCUGGCAAUAACUGGGCAAGUGGCUAUAUACAGGGAAGAGAAGCUCACGAGACUCUGUUUGACAUGAUCGAUCGGGAGGCGGAAAAUAGUGAUUAUUUGGAAGGAUUUGUUAUGUGCCAUUCGAUUGCUGGAGGAACCGGAUCUGGAAUGGGCUCGUAUGCUCUAGAAAAAAUAUGUGACAGAUACCCCAAAAAAUUGGUCCAGACUUACUCAGUAUUUCCAGUGAAUCGCAAAGAAGAAGCAAGUGAUGUAGUAGUGCAACCUUACAACUCAGUUCUUACUCUCUCUCGGUUAAUCCAGUUCCCAAAUUGCGUUGUUGUUUUGGACAAUACUGCUUUACAUAGAAUUGCAGCCGAGAAUGCUCCAACAUCAUCUGAUGUUUCUUCCUUCGCAUUUGUCAACUCAUAUGUGUCCCGUAUUAUGUGUUCUUCGACCGCUGCUCUUCGUUUUCCUGGUCCCUUGUAUACUCGACUGUUGCACCUCAUUGGUCCACUCAUCGCGUUUCCUCCCAUGAGGUUCAUUCAAACAGGUUUUACACCUCUCAGAGAAGGCAACCCGUGCUCAACUACUACGUCUGUUGGUAACGUGUUGCGGCGUCUGCUUCAACCAAAGAAUAUGAUGAGCAGUGCAGUAAUGGAAAAGGAUGUAGAUCACUGUUUGCUAUCUGCUCUAGCUAUUUUGCAGGGGAGCAUUGACGCUUCUGAAAUUUAUUCAACUCUAGGAAGGAUAAAAGAGAGGAAGGAGCUAAAGUUUGCUCCGUGGAGUUGGGGAUCUUUAGAUAUUACGCAGUGUAGGAGAUCACCGUUCUUGCCCUUAACAAAUCGGGUGUCGGGACUUAUGCUUUGCAACCACACGAACAUUGCGAGCAUAUUUCAAGACACAAUCAACCAGUAUGAGAAACUUAUAAGAAAGCGAGCAUAUUUGGAACAGUAUCUUAAGGUGGAUGCUGACAUCGUGGAGACGCUCCAUGAGGCUGCUGAACAAGUGCGUGAGACAAUUAAGACAUAUCGAGAUGCUACUCUACCUGACUUCUUGUCCUUACAUUAA